AGUCUGUGGUUAUUAAAUAAUUGUGUUUAUUUGGCAAGCUUUAAAUACCAGUGUUGGCAUGUGAAACUCUUCAGUAGAGAACAGAAGUUUACACAACAGGAACCAAAACUACGGAGUCUGGAACCAUGAGGACGUUCAUUCUGCUUGCCUGCAUACUUCCAGCUGUCUAUUUGAUGCCAGUCCCAUCUGAGCAAUACGGCGGAAGCUCAAGUUAUGAGGGUUUUAGUGCAUUCUACCAGCCAGCAAUUCAAAUCCCACAGCCAAUACCUAUUCCUAUUCCUUAUGACCCAACGCUGGGAACUGGUCUGCUGGGUUUGGGCUAUGGGUAUGGAGGCUAUGCUGGCUUCAAUGGAUACAAUGGAUAUAAUGGAUAUAAUGGAUAUAAUGGAUACGGAGCAGUUCCAUAUGGUCUAAGGGCACCACGGCAAAGGUACCGCACUUAUUGAAUGACAGCACCAUAAGAAAAAAGACAUUUGGCUGAUGAAUAGUACAUGUGCCCUGCAGGGAAAAUAAUGAAAGAUGUCUGCAUAUGUUUGUGUGUUUAUUGGUCCUAAACAUGUUGUGAACAAUGCAUAAGCAAAUAUGAUUGUAUAUGAGAGGCAAAAUAUGGUUAUGAAACAUCAAAAUAUGUUACAAUAAACAUGUAAGAAAAUA